GGAAUUAUGACACCUUCACUGUGGGUCUCUAUUACACACUUUAAUCUUAUUCCAUGGAUCCUUUGGCCAAAAGUAGUUUAAUAUGUUAGUAUUAUUCAUAAAAAAAAAAUGAAAUGUUAAAACAUAUUGAGAUUUGACCGCGGACCCCAUGCAGUACCUCCACGGACCUCUCCCAACUUUGAGAACCUCUGAAAGCUGACUGCUAUCGCAGUGUCUAUGGGAGUGCCAUCCCUCUAAGCAGACAACGGUAAAAGGCCUGAUUGAACUAUCUUCAUUUAUCCACCAUAUUUGAUGAAAUUCCCACUCGAUCACUCGGUGCUCUUUUGACCGUCCUGGAUGAACCAAGAGCUGUGUUGUUUUUCCUAACUGGCUCUGGCACAGGAGAAAUGGUAGCUAGCUAGCAGUCUGUGAAAAUUUGUCUAACGCACGACUGUGAUUAUCUGAUCGAAAUAAUGAAUUUACUACCAUCAAACACACAUGGGAACGGACUACUGUACGCGGGAUUCAACCAGGAUCAUGGAUGCUUUGCUUGCGGAAUGGAGAAUGGGUUUAGAGUGUACAACACAGAUCCACUCAAAGAGAAAGAAAAACAAGGGACACAGCAUUGUGACAGCGAGAGCCAAGAGUUCAUGGAGGGCGGGGUCGGGCAUGUGGAGAUGCUGUUCAGGUGUAACUACCUAGCGCUGGUUGGAGGAGGAAAAAAGCCCAAAUACCCACCUAACAAAGUGAUGAUCUGGGAUGACCUGAAGAAAAAGACAGUUAUAGAAAUUGAGUUCUCCACGGAGGUCAAAGCAGUGAAGCUUCGAAGGGACAGGAUCGUGGUGGUCCUGGAUUCUAUGAUCAAAGUGUUCACGUUCACCCACAACCCUCAUCAGCUGCAUGUGUUUGAGACCUGCUAUAACCCCAAAGGUCUGUGUGUGCUCUGUCCCAACAGUAACAACUCUCUGCUGGCGUUCCCGGGGACCCACUCUGGGCACGUGCAGAUCGUAGACCUUGCCAAUACAGAGAAGCCUCCAGUGGACAUCCCCGCCCACGAGGGGGCGCUGUGUUGCAUCGCCCUCAACCUGCAGGGAACCAGGAUAGCCACUGCCUCCGAGAAAGGGACCCUGAUCAGAAUAUUUGACACCAUGGCAGGCCACCUGAUUCAGGAGUUGAGGCGAGGGUCACAGGCUGCUAACAUCUACUGCAUCAAUUUCAACCAGGAUGCGUCCCUCAUCUGUGUGUCUAGUGACCACGGUACAGUCCACAUAUUCGCUGCAGAGGACCCCAAGAGGAACAAACAGUCCAGCCUAGCCUCGGCCAGUUUCCUUCCUAAGUACUUCAGCUCCAAGUGGAGCUUCUCCAAGUUCCAGGUUCCAUCAAACUCGCCGUGUGUGUGUUCCUUCGGAACAGAACCCAACUCUGUCAUAGCCAUUUGUGCUGAUGGCAGCUACUACAAGUUCCUGUUCAAUCAGAAGGGGGAGUGUUCCCGAGAUGUCUACGCACAGUUCCUGGAGAUGACAGACGAGAAGAUCUGACCUUUCACCCUACCACCUCCUGCCAACGGACAGACGUGUACAUGGCGGAUGGGUUUAUUUUCUGGAGCAGGAGGACGAGGGGGGAUGGACAGGAGGAGGAGAUGAUGUUUCUGCUCACCCACUGCUGAUGAACUCUACGUGAAGCGUCAGAGGGAAGGUGAGAGAGACACCAUCUCGGAAACAACACAGGAAUGAAAGAUGGGCCGAGAGAAUUCAGGACUGAGUGCCCUCUGACAACCUACUUAAAGACUCCCUGUACAACUAGACAACUACAGCAAGACAGGGGGACGAGAACACUCUUAACGGACGUCACCUGGGCCUCCUUGUCCGGGGACGAAUGAGGGAGACUUGCUUUUUAAAGAUGUCUUCUGUGAAAUGUAUGAUGAUCGGGCGGUUAUUUUUUAAAGGUGUAUCGCGUUGAUUCUAAUAGGUAGAUGCAUAGAAAACAAAUCUUGUCAACUAACACCGCCUAAUCUAACUAUAGGGAGUGCCUCUGAGCUGAAUCGAGAGUGGACUGUGUGUAUAUACUCGCAUACAUACAGUGCAUUAAGAAAGUUCAGACCCUUUCACUUUCUAUAUUUUGUUACAGCUUUAUUCUAAAAUAUAUUUUUCCCAUAUUAUAAACUACACACAAUACCCCAUAAUGACAAAGCGAAAAGUUUAUUUUAGAAAUACCUUAUUUACAUAAGUAUUCAGACCCUUUGCUA